UUUGUGCUAACAUUAUAGUUAAAGAUAUGAUCAGUCACCCGUGAAUUUUACUAAUAAGGAAGUAUAAUUAUGUUUUGAAACAUAAAACUAAUGGAGAAUAACUUAGUUGUUUUGCUACUGACUGUAUUUGUUCUGCUUGGUGCAUUUUAUGAAUAUAUUGUAGAACAAAGAAUAGUCAAAAUCAAAGAUGAAAUGGAGAAAUUAAAGGAGCCAAUUGAUACACUUCGUAAAGAAAUAAUAGAAAAAGACAAUGCCUACAGGAAAGAAACAGAUCAAAUGAAAGAAACGAUGGAGUUACUUAAAGAAACAGCCACACGACACGAAAACACCUUAAUUGAGAUUAAAAAAGAAAAGUUAUGUUCACAGGGAUGGGAAGAGUAUGAAGAUCAUUGUUAUCAGUUUAAUACAAAGAAGAAGAAUUGGAAUGAAGCUGAGAUUGAAUGUUUAAAGCAGCAAGGUUACCUGUUGAAAAUAGAAGAUGCAAAUGAGUUUCGAUGGAUAGUAGCCCUAAUAAAAGCUUAUUCUCUAGACGAUAUAUGGAUAGGUUUACAAAAAGACAAUAAUGAGUGGAGAUGGGUUGUUGAUGAGCAAAAAGCCCGCUUUCAGAAAUGGGAUCAUGGACAACCUAGUGGUGAUGGUCCUUGUGUUCACAUGUGGUCCCCCUUAAUGUAUAACUGGAACGAUGUGGCUUGCAGCAGACAGUGCUCUUUCGUAUGUGAACAAAAAAGAGGCUGAGUUUCCUAUCAAAAGUUUUAAACGGAAUAAGAAAAAGAAGAUUUACCAGUCAUUGCUUUCCAAAUAAACCUUAGUAAGCAAU